AUGCGCAACGGCGACGUCGAGUGCCGGUGGCGCUUGGCCUCGCUGGCAACGGCGCAUCAACAGCAGCAGCAGCACCGCGGGGCAGCAAGCGCCACCACAGCUUCCUCGCAGCAGCAGGAGCAGCAGCAGCAGCAGGAGCGGCAGCGGCAACAGUCAGCGCCGGCUGUGCGCAGCAGCAAGCAGACGCUUGACUACACAGCGCUUUGCGCUUGCGUCCAGGAGCUGCAGGCGCAAUGGGUGCCGUCAAAAGUUGAGGAGGUAGUGCAGCCCGACGCAUACACCCUGUCCCUCCGCCUCCGCACCCCCCUGCGCCAAGGCUGGCUGCACCUCUCGUGGCACCCCACCGCCGCCCGGCUCUCUGCCGGCGCGCCGCCGCCGCGCGGCGCCGCCUCAGAGGCCUUCUCCUUCGCCGCGGCCGCCUCCCAGCAGCUCAAAGGCCUCGUGCUCUCCGGCGCGGACAUCCCGCAGCAGUGGGAGCGCGUCGCGCAGCUGCAGUUUGGCGUGCGGCCGGGCGACCCGCCGUCGCGGAUGGUGUACUGCGAGAUCAUGGCCAACUACAGCAACGUGAUCUUGACCGACGGCGCGGGCGUCGUGGUGUCCGCCGGCCACCAGGUCGGCGGCCGCAUGUCGAGCCUGCGGCAGGUGCAGCAGGGCCGGCCCUACGCCCUGCCGCCCGCGGCGGGCGGCGUGGCGCCGGGCGCCGCGGAGCCGCUGGAGCUUUGGCGCGCCAACGUGUCGCGCGCGGCCGAGCUCGCAGCCGCGCCGCAGCAAAGCAGCCGCGAGGAGGGGCCCCAAGCCGCGGAGGAGGCGCAGGUGCGGGCGCAGCGGAAGCAGAAGCACGGGGGAGGCGGCGGCGGCGGCGGGCGCGCGACGGUGCUGGGCGGCUGCGUGCGCGCAUACCAUGGCGUCAGCCCCUCACUGGCCGAGGAGCUGUGCGCGGCGGCGGGCGUGCAGCCGCGGGCGCACCCCUCUGAGGUGUCUGACGGCGAGUGGGGCGCGCUGCACGCGGCGUGGCGGGGGUGGCUGGAGCGGCUGGAGAGCGGCAGCUACGCCGCGACCUUGGACGAGGCGGGCGGCAGGUUUUCGGUCCUCGGCGGCUAUUCAAAACAUUUUGAAUCGGUGCACGAGCUCGUGGAGGCCUACUACUCAUCCCUCCAGGCAUCAGAGCUGCACGCAUCCCUCCACCAGAAGCUGACAGCGGCGGCACGCGGCGCGCUGAAAAAGGCGCGGAGCCGCGUAACCGCGUUCCAGCAGCAGCUGGCGGCGGCGGAGGGCGUGGGUGCGGUGCAGCGGCGCGCUGACAUCAUCAUGGCCAACGUGUACAGGAUUGAGGAGGGCGCCACCGUGCUGGAGGCGGAGGACUGGGACAGCGGUGAGGCCGUGAGCAUCCCCCUGGACCCGGAGAAGACGGCGGUGGAGCAGGCAGAGGCACUCUACAAGCGGGCGCGCAAGCUGCGGCGCGCGCUGGACGCCGUGGCGCCGCUGCUGGAGGCGGCCCUGGCAGAUGCCGAGUACCUGGAGCAGGUCGAGUCCGAGGUUGCGCAGCUCGCGGUUUACGAGGGACCGGACGACCUGGCCGCCCUUAGGGAGGUCCGAGACGAGCUGGUCGAGGCAGGGGCGAUCAGGGCGCCCCCCGAGGCCGGGCUCGCCGCCAAGGCGGCCGCCAAGGGCCGAAAGGCGACCAAAAAGGACAAGCAGCGCAGCGGCGGCGCGGCCGGCGCGGCCGGCGGCCAGGGGUUCCGGCGGUUCGAGAGCCCCGGCGGGUUUGCGAUCCUGGUGGGGCGCAACAACAAGCAGAAUGACGUCCUGAGCCACCAGGUGGCCAACCCCCAGGACCUGUGGAUGCACGUGCGCGGCAUGCCCGGCUCGCACACGCUGCUGCGGGUCGAGCCGGGGCGUGGCGCGCCGGGGGAGGAGGACGUGCGCGCGGCGGCGGCGCUGGCGGCUUGGUUCAGCAAGGCGCGGGACAGCGGGAAGGCUGACGUCAUCGUGACGCGCGCGGAGCACGUGCGCAAGUUCAAAGGCGCCAAGCCUGGGCAGGUGAUCUUGGCCAAGGAGGACCGGGUAGUGGUGGUCAGGCCCCAGGACAGCUCGGCAGCCACAGCCGCAGUCACCACCGGAGGCGGUGGACAGUGA